GAAGGAAAUGGUGAUGAAAGCAAAGCUGCAGGGCUUAACAAAACUCUCCGUCUCCUUUUAAUCACUGUCUCUUCCCUGUGACGACAGCCUUAACAAUCCAUACAUCACCUCACAAACACCGAAGCAAACUUCUUUUGUCCUUUUAUCAAACUGCUUCUCUUACCAAAACCAUACUGCUGAUCAAUUUUCCCACUUCUACGACAACAUCUCUUUGCUGUUCUCCCUUAGCAAACAGUUUAAAGAAAAUGUCUGCCGGAAUCUUUGCAGCUCCUGCAGUGGUUGCUCCUGCUUAUCAUGGCUUAAGAGCACUCCCCACAAAGCAGCCGUUUGCUACCAAGAAUUCUGUUGCACGGAGCAGCAGAACUGUGUCCAAUGGCUCUAAGACUUUUUGUAUGAAGACAUGGAAUCCAAUCAACAACAAAAAGUUUGAGGCUCUGUCCUACCUGCCUCCUCUUUCUGAAGAUUCAAUUGCGAAGGAGAUUGAUUACAUGAUGAAAAAUGGAUGGAUCCCUUGCCUGGAAUUCGACGAGGUGGGAAGCGUACGCAGGGAGCACAGCAGGAUGCCAGGAUACUACGAUGGAAGGUACUGGACAUUGUGGAAGCUCCCCAUGUUUGGAUGCACCGACUCCUCUCAAGUCCUCCAAGAAAUCCAAGAGUGCAAAAAGGCAUAUCCAGAUGCUUACAUCCGUUGCCUGGCUUUCGACAACAAGCGACAGGCUCAGUGCAUGGCCUUUGUCAUUCAAAAACCUAGCAACUGAGGCCUUAGUUUGGGUCAGCCACAGUUUUCUGUAUCAAGGAACCUGGUUUUUGCUCUGCUUUCUCCACUGUUAAUCCCUCUUGUUUCUGCAAAUAAAGACGGUGGGAAGUAGGUAAGUUAGGCGGCUGGCUUGUGGAGAUACUAAAAUAAUAAUAUUUUUGUUGGACUGAUUGCUC